AUGCAAGUGAUUUCACAGUAUCACAUUUGUGGCUUUUCUCUCCAGAUAUUUAUAAACAAUGAAUGGCACAAUUCAGUCAGUGGUAAAAAGUUCCCUGUUAUUAAUCCCGCUACAGAAGAAAAAAUAUGUGAUGUGGAAGAAGGAGAUAAGGCAGAUGUAGAUAAAGCAGUAAAGGCUGCAAGAGAAGCAUUUGCGAUUGGGUCACCAUGGCGCACGAUGGAUGCUUCUGAAAGAGGAAAACUCUUGAAUAAAUUAGCUGAUCUCAUUGAACGUGACAGGUUGAUUCUAAGUAGUAUGGAAUCCAUAGAUGCAGGAAAACCAUUUGCUGCAUCCUACUUGGCUGACAUUCCCGGAGCUGUGAAAUCUCUACGUUACUGUGCAGGCUGGGCAGACAAAAACCAUGGUCGCACAAUACCAAUGGACGGGGACUACUUCACUUUCACAAGACAUGAACCCGUUGGAGUAUGUGGUCAAAUUAUCCCUUGGAAUUUUCCACUUGUAAUGUUUUCCUGGAAAAUCGCACCUGCACUCUGCUGUGGCAAUACAGUUGUCAUCAAGCCAGCAGAGCAAACACCACUGACAGCUCUGUACAUGGGAUCACUAAUAAAAGAGGCUGGAUUUCCUCCAGGUGUAGUGAAUAUUGUGCCUGGAUAUGGACCCACUGCAGGAGCAGCCAUAUCAAAUCACAUGGAUGUAAAUAAAGUGGCUUUCACUGGUUCAACAGAGGUUGGGAAGCUCAUAAAAGAAGCAGCUGGAAAAAGUAAUCUGAAAAGAGUUACACUGGAGCUCGGAGGGAAAAGUCCAGUAAUCAUAUUUGCUGAUGCAGAUUUGGACAUUGCUGUGGAGAUUGCCCACCAUGGUCUGUUCUAUCAUCAAGGACAAUGUUGUAUAGCUGGAUCUAGGAUAUUUGUGGAAGAGACAAUCUAUGACGAAUUUGUGCGCAAAAGUGUUGAGAGGGCAAAAAAGAGAGUUCUAGGAGAUCCUCUUACACCUGGAACACAUCAUGGUCCACAGAUUGACAAAGAACAGUAUGACAGAAUCCUUGACUUAAUUGAAAGUGGAAAGAAAGAAGGAGCAAAGUUGGAAUGUGGAGGUGGCUCCUGGGGUAACAAAGGGUUCUUUAUCCAACCCACUGUCUUCUCAGAUGUCAAGGAUGAUAUGCGCAUUGCCAAAGAAGAGAUAUUUGGGCCAGUACAGCAGAUUAUGAAAUUUAAAACUAUUGAGGACGUAAUUAAGAGGGCAAACAACACAACAUAUGGAUUGGCUGCAGGAAUUUUCACCAAAGAUAUUGAUAAAGCAAUAACUGUUUCCUCCGCCCUUGAAGCAGGAACUGUCUGGAUAAAUUGCUACAGCGCCCUGUCCCCACAGUGUCCAUUUGGAGGAUUUAAAAUGUCAGGAAAUGGACGUGAAAUGUAA